GGGACACCGGUGGACAUGCGAGGAAACAUCAAACUGAAAGUAGCAGCGGAGCUUCCAGUCUGAGUAACCGUGCGACAAGUUAUACGGUUUUAUUUCAGUGACCUGAGAAAAUGUCUCGCAGAUAUGACUCUAGGACAACCAUAUUUUCACCUGAAGGACGCCUGUAUCAGGUGGAGUACGCCAUGGAGGCUAUCGGUCAUGCUGGAACGUGCCUGGGGAUUCUGGCCAACGAUGGAGUGCUGCUAGCUGCAGAGAGACGCAACAUCCACAAACUGCUGGAUGAAGUUUUUUUCUCUGAGAAGAUCUACAAGCUCAACGAAGAUAUGGCGUGCAGUGUUGCUGGGAUCACGUCAGAUGCAAACGUACUGACAAACGAGCUGCGGCAAAUUGCACAGAGGUAUUUAUUGCAGUACCAGGAACCAAUACCAUGUGAGCAGCUGGUGACAACUCUGUGUGACAUCAAGCAAGCCUACACACAGUUCGGAGGUAAGAGACCAUUCGGUGUCUCUCUGCUCUACAUCGGUUGGGACAAACACUACGGGUUCCAGUUGUACCAGAGUGACCCCAGCGGCAACUAUGGAGGCUGGAAAGCAACCUGCAUUGGCAACAACAGUGCUGCUGCAGUCUCCAUGUUGAAGCAGGACUACAAAGAGGGGGAGAUGACCCUUUCUUCUGCUCUGGCUUUAGCCGUCAAAGUCCUCAACAAAACAAUGGAUGUCAGCAAGCUCUCAGCGGAGAAAGUUGAGAUCGCCACCUUGACGCGUGAAGAUGGAAAAACAAAAAUCAAGGUGCUGAAACAGAAGGAGGUCGAGGAACUCAUCAAACGUCACGAGGCAGAAGAGGCCAAGGCUGAAAAAGACAAAAAAGAAAAGGAGCAAAAGGAGAAAGACAAAUAAGACAGACAAAAAAACAACAAUUCCCCAGCUGUUUCAUUAAUUCCUGUAUUGUUUUGUCUUUUACAAUAAACUCUGAGA